AUGUCUCACUGCCUCCCCUGUGCCAAGUGAAACUCCUUUCAAGUCUCAUCUCUUCUGUUCUCUCCACACGAGCCAUAUUACUUUCUCUCUCUACACCCCGUUCGGAAAUAUGCAGUACAGGAACCUUGGAAGAUCGGGGUUGAAGGUGAGCCAGCUGUCUUACGGCGCCUGGGUGAGUUUCGGCAACCAGCUCGACGUCAAGGAAGCCAAGUCGCUGCUACAAUGCUGCCGCGACAACGGUGUCAACUUCUUCGACAACGCCGAGGUCUAUGCCAACGGCCGAGCCGAGGAGAUCAUGGGCCAAGCCAUUCGGGAGCUGGGUUGGAAGCGAUCCGACGUGGUUGUUUCCACCAAGAUCUUCUGGGGCGGCUCCGGCCCCAACGAUAAGGGGUUAUCGCGGAAGCACAUUAUUGAGGGAACCAAGGCCUCGCUCAAGAGGCUGGAUAUGGAGUAUGUGGAUGUUAUUUAUUGUCAUCGGCCCGAUUCAUCCACGCCCAUUGAGGAGACUGUCAGGGCCAUGAACUAUGUGAUAGAUCACGGGUGGGCGUUUUAUUGGGGGACCAGUGAGUGGUCUGCCCAGCAGAUCACGGAGGCCUGGGGGGUGGCGGAGCGCUUGGAUCUGGUCGGGCCGAUUGUGGAACAGCCUGAGUAUAAUUUGCUAUCUAGGCACAAGGUUGAGUGUGAGUACCUUCCUCUAUACAGCAACUAUGGCAUAGGUCUUACCACAUGGAGUCCACUUGCAUCAGGAGUGCUUACUGGAAAAUACAACAAGGGAACAAUACCCCAGGAUAGUCGAUUUGCCCUGGAGAAUUACAAAAAUCUUGCUAGCCGAUCCCUUGUCGAUGAUGUGCUGAGAAAAGUUAAUGGACUGAAGCCAAUUGCAGACGAACUAGGUGUACCUUUGUCUCAACUUGCAAUUGCUUGGUGUGCUGCAAAUCCGAAUGUCUCAUCAGUUAUUACUGGGGCGACAAAGGAGUCUCAGAUUCAAGAGAAUAUGAAGGCUAUUGAUGUCAUACCUCUGCUGACACCCACUGUGCUGGAGAAGAUUGAGGCUGUUGUUCAAAGCAAGCCAAAGCGACCUGAUUCAUAUAGGUGAACAGGAUAUCCAUUCAACCCUUUUAAGUGUUGUGGAUAUUACUUGGAACAUUCCAUUUUCCAACCUACCAGAAUGCUAGCUACCAAUUGGUGUGAAGGACAUUUCAUGUUCCUCUUGUUUGGAUGUGUUUCCUCCACUGAAAUUCCCAAGCAUAGAGUUCUCUUCCUAUUUAUUUUUCCUUUUCUUCUGGGUGGGGUGUAAAAGGGUAUUAUUUGAACCAUUAAAUCAAUUGGAGAUUGGAACCUGGGAUUCAAUUUAAGAGACCAUACUUUUAUAGUCAAUUAUUCGGUUUUGGUUUGAUAAAAAAA